AUGAAGCAAUCAUUGGAACAAUUUGGUAAAUCUAUUGAAUACUUUUGUAAUCUUUAUAGCAUUCCACAACCAACCAAGCUUCAUCUCAAAACCAACAAAGAAACCAUUACAUACUUGGUCGACCUCUCCAAUGAGAUUGGAUGCCCAUUGACCAGCAUUGCACACCUCAGCACCAAUCCAGUUGAAUUGUUUUUUAGUUUAGUUCGUUCCAAAGUUCAUUACCCUUCUUACUAUGAAUUUUGCAUUUAUGAAAAAUCGGCAUACAAAGAGUUGAUUAAAUCAAAGAUUGUCCAGAACAACCGUUAUGAAGCUUCAAUAAAAAAAGUAAAUAAAUGUUAUGGUAGUCUUCAAACAAAGCUUGAUGGAAAUGUAAUACCUGAAAGUGUUAAAUUAGUAUCCAAAUACAGAGAAGAAGAGGUUAGAGUUUUCGAAAGAAUUAUUAAAAUCAUUGAACCAGAUGAAUAUGAAGAAUCUGAAGAUUCAUCAUUUCCCUUUACUGAUUCAAUGAGUGCAGAUGAAAGAAGAAGAGUAAUAACCUUAACAUUUUAUUUAAAAAGAAUACUUUCCAUUAGAGAGCUUUCAUGCUUUGGUGAACAAACCAGAUUCAAAGCCAGUGGCAGAGCUGCACUUCAGGUGUGUAUUUUUGAUGGUUGCCAGGCAAUGUUUGCAAACAGCGCAUCUUAUGAAUCUCACGUAACCCAACCACAUCAAAUUCUAUCAAAAGAAGAUGUUCAAAAGUAUAAACAAGUUUUGGAAGAUCAAGAAAAAUUCAAAAAACAAUUUAAUGAUGUAUUUGGAAAAUUUGAAACACAACCUGAUCAAUCGAAAUGCAAUAUUUUCAUUUUAGAUUCUGAAACAACUGAUCUUACCUCCAAUGCAGAAAUUAUUGAACUUUCGUGUGCUUGUUUAAAUGGGGAAGCAUUUUACCGUAAAUCAAAUCCAACCAUCCCCAUUACUCCAGAGUCUACCAAAAUCAACAAUCUCACAAGCAAAGAUUUAGCAGGUCACCAAUAUUGGGAAAAGGUUGAAGAGAAUUUUUUAAUUUUAUUGUCCAACAAUCGUCAGAUGAUGAUGCUCCAAUUUAUAUAA